GACGCUGGGGGUGACGGAUGGCGGCGGCGGUAGAUUAGGGCCGUGGGUCGAAGCAGGCACGACCGCUGGGGGACCCUGUCGGAAGCAACUGCCGCUGCUGUCGCCUCUUUCAUCUCUUCUGAGGCAGGGGCCAGGGCCAGGUUUUACACAUCUCUAAGUAGAUAUCUUUGGAGUUCUGCUGGCCAACUCAAUGGCGUCCUCUACUGCUGUGCCUCUAGGAUUUCACUAUGAAACAAAGUAUGUUGUUCUCAGCUACUUGGGACUCCUCUCUCAGGAGAAGCUACAGGAGCAGCAUCUUUCCUCACCCCAAGGGCCUCAACUAGAUACAGCUUCACAAUCUCUGGAUCAAGAAGUUCAAUUAAAAGUUAAAACGGAAAUUGAAGAAGAGCUGAAAUCUUUGGACAAAGAAAUUUCUGAAGCCUUCACCAGCACAGGCUUUGACCGUCACACUUCUCCCGUGUUCAGCCCUGCUAACCCAGAAAGCUCAAUAGAAGACUGUUUGGCCCAUCUUGGAGAGAAAGUGUCCCAGGAACUGAAAGAGCCUCUGCAUAAAGCAUUGCAAAUGCUCCUCAGCCAGCCAGUGACAUAUCAGGCAUAUCGGGAAUGUACACUGGAGACCGCAGUUCAUGCCAGCGGCUGGAAUAAGAUUUUGGUGCCUCUGGUUUUGCUACGACAAAUGCUUUUGGAGUUGACAAGACGUGGUCAAGAAUCCUUGAGUGCACUUCUUCAGUUUGGUGUGACGUAUCUGGAGGACCAUGCAGCAGAGUACAUCAUUCAGCAAGGUGGCUGGGGCACUGUUUUUAAUCUUGAGUCAGAGGAGGAGGAAUACCCUGGAAUCAUUGCAGAAGAUAGCAAUGACAUUUAUAUCCUGCCCAGUGACAACUCCGGACAAAUCAGUCCUCCAGAGUCUCCAACUGUGACCACUUCUUGGCAGUCAGAGAGCUUACCUGUCUCGCUGUCAGCCAGCCAGAGUUGGCACACUGAAAGCCUACCAGUGUCCUUAGGUCCUGAGUCCUGGCAGCAGAUUGCAAUGGAGCCUGAAGAAGUCAAAAGCUUAGAUAGCAGUGGAGCUGGAGAGAAGAGUGAGAACAACUCUUCGAAUUCUGACAUUGUGCACGUGGAGAAAGAAGAAAUCCCUGAGAGCAUGGAAGAGGCUGCUGUGGCUUCUGCAGGCCUGCCGACCAGGGAGCUGCAAGAGGCAUUCUCUGAAACCCCAGCUCCUUUGCUUCCACAUAUCACUGCCAGUUCCCAGCUGGAGACAAGGGAACCUGACACAGAAAUGAUUGCAGUUGAGAAAACCAGCCCUGCUACAUCUUUGUUUGUAGAGCUUGAUGAAGAAGAGGUGAAAGCAGCAACAGCUGAAGCUGUUAAGCUGGAGGAGGAGGUGGUCCCUGCACUGGAACCCACCAAAACACUGCUGAGUGAAGGGGAGAGAAGUGUCAGGAAAGAGAGUCUUACAGAAGAGUCCUCCCUGGCUAGAGAAGAAAAGGCGAUCCCAUUGUCUGAGGGCAAGUCUAUACUGCUGUUUGGAGGAGCUGCUGCUGUUGCCAUCCUAGCAGUGGCAGUUGGAGUAGCACUGGCUCUGAGAAAGAAAUAGCAGAUUUUCCAGAAGAGAAAGAAGACAAAAAAGGAUCUAAGUUUUUAGUUGUACUGAUAGGAAUUUGAACCGCCCGCCGGCAGCUGAUUGGACAUUUGUGGAACACUCUGGGAUAAUUGGGACUUCCACUAAACAAGGCAAGGGGAUUGAUCCAUACUUUAGGGCUUGAGGUAAAGGGAGUUCACGUUUGUCUGAUCAUAAGUUCCAAGAGUUUGGGCUCAUGCUAGAUUCAGAAUCAUAUGAGUAAAGUACUCCCCCUAGAACAAGGUUUAUCAACCUUGGCAUUUAUUGACCUUUUGACAAUUCUUUGUUGUAAGAGGCUGUCCUGUGCAUUAUAGGAUAUUUAGCAACAUCUCUGGCUUCUACCUACUAGAUGCCAGUAGCACUCCUCCCCCGAGUUAAGACAACCAAAAUGUCUCCAGACAUUGCCACAUGUCCCCUGGGGGGCGAAAUUAUCCCCAUUGAGAGCUACUGCUCUAGAGGGAGAGGGUUAAUUUAGGAGAAUCUGGGAGAGAAAUUCCUAGGCAAGAGGGCUUAGCUGUGGGCUCUUCAGCUACGUAACUUGUCAGCUCUUCAUCCCCUUAGAAUUUCAUCUUUCCUGAUGAACAGGCUGAAUUUUGCAGCCACUCCUUUUUGGCCCUUCUUCUCUUCCCACCUUCUUGGUCCUGUAGCAUGAGGGUGUUCUCCCUUAUGUCUCAGCUGCCUCUCAGGUACUGCACUGCUCCUCUUCACCCCAGGUUCCUUCUGAGAUCCUGUGGAAGUGCUUGCUUUGUACUUCUGCUCAGACCUACCUUGUAAACAUGCUGCCUGUAGGAAUCUUUAAAAAAUAAUAAAGUAAAUUUAAAAAUAGAAUAAAAGAGACCUAAGGCCCCCUGCCUACGAGUGCCAUGGGUGAAUAACCCUGGCCAGAGAGAGACAUUUGUCUUAUAUAGAGGCAGGAGGAUGGCCUAAAUGACCUAUUGAGAUCUCUUCCAGCCCUUUUUGUCUGUGGUCACCCCACUUACCUUAUGGUUAUGUGCCAGGCAACAGCAUUUGUGUUGUUGGGUGGUCACUGUCUAUGACCCUGGGCUAGUAUGCUUUUCCCCAUAUCUGGCCUCAGUCUUACUGCUGGUCAUCCAGCGCCUCUGUGGGUCUCUUGCCAUGUAGUAAGGAUUUCCAGAGUUGAGCUUCCAGAACCAUUUGAAUCAUAAUUUGAAUCAUAAUUCUUUUAAAUACAGAAAGUCUCCUAAGUAUCAUCAAAAUCAAAAGUGGGAAAAGAGAGGCUUUCAUUUCAAAACUGAAGACUACCCUCAAAUUCUAGUUUGGCUUUCAGAGUUCAAGAACAGAGUCUUCUUAGUCUGAACUCUUCACAGUCCACAUGCCGGAGUAAUAAACCAAAAUGAUCCCAACCAGUGUAUGCUAGUUGUGAGUCAGCGUGCUUUUCUCUCAUCCAGCUGACCCUUUUUCUAAAGGAGGGGUAGAGCUGUGUCCUUUCAUGCCUGAGGACCCAGUGUCAUUAUGCAGGGCACAUGCACUUGGUAGAAAAAGUCCUCUCAGAUUUAUCAUAGUAAAUGUAACAAAUUACUUUUUAAGUCCUGAAGUUUAUAAUAAAAUUACUUUACCUUCCCUGAUCACCCAAAGUUGAUGUCUUAAAUAUGCUUUCUUUUUGACAAUUAUUUUAUUUUUUAAAAUUAAAUCUUCCCACUUUAAAAAAAAAAAAAAAAAACCCA